GGGAGUUCGUGUUGUCGCCGGGUUUUCACCAACGGUAACCGUUCAUCCACAACCUUGUCAUUAACUUGCGUGGAACGCAUUCAUCACCGGGAAUCAUCUAUCCAGGAAUAUCGGUUGGAUCCAAAGUCAUUGGUUGUUUUGGAGGCCUUGACUUGCAUGGGAAGAAACACAAUGUGUUGAGGAGCGACCUUGCAUCAACUGCUAACGUUGGAGCUCAAUCUAUCACACUCCGUGAUGCUGUGGAUUGGGUUGUAGGGGAAGAGAUUGUGAUCACAACAACAGGUUACAGAUCAAUUGAGACAGAGAAGAAGACGAUAACUUCUGUCUCGGGAGACAUGAAGACAAUCGGACUCAACAGUGCGUUGGAGUAUCGUCACAUGGGCGAGACAUACUCAGUGAACGGUUUCCGUUUGGAAAUGAGAGCCGAAGUCGCUUUGCUGACGCAUAACAUCAAGAUUGUUGGCGAGUUGUACGAUACGAUUGAUAAAGAAGCAUUUGGUGGAAGGGUGUUGGUUGGGAGUACCUCCAGUAGCUCUGGUGAUCCUUUGACAGGUUGGGCUAGAAUUAGCAACGUUGAGUUUCUGAGAGCCGGUCAAGAGGGUUGGACCGAAUCCUACGAUCCAAGGUUUGGUGUCGCGUUUGUGAGAACUGGAACAGUUUCCGCUGGGCGUCCUUCUUACGUGCAGAACUCUGCUUUCCAUGAUUCGUAUUCAACCGCCAUUGGCAUUUUCGGUGCAAGCGGAAUCAAUAUAACUGGGAACGUCGUUCACAGAGCGAUUCAUGACGGUAUCAGAGUCACUGGAAGUAACCACAGAGUUAUUGGGAACCUGGUGACUGUUACUCUCUUCAGGGGAGCAUAUGGUGACCGGUUUGAAAAAGAUAACUACUUGGAUUGGCAAGCUGCCUUCCAACUUUCCGAAGCCACCGACGUGGUUGUGGUGAACAACACGGCUGCGGGAUCGGAACGAAUUGGUUUCCAUGUCGAUGGGGAAGCUUGCGAUGCUGGAGAUGAAAACGCAUGGAUGGGCAACGUGGCACAUGGCUGUCUUCAUGGCAUUCAAAUAUUCAUACCUGAUGGCAUCUUCCCUUGCUCAAUGCUUCGUAACUUUGUGGUUUACAAGUCGUGGGAUUACGCUAUUUACCAUCAAACACAGACAAGUGUAAUCAUAAAAGAUACGAUCAUUGCCGAUUCAACGGUUGGUUUGCUUCCUGUCCUGUUUGCACCACCCGCAUUGUCGCAUACAUACAUUAACAAGUUCUCCAAGUUGGACAAUGUUCUGUGUAUUGCACGAACCGACCAUUUCGAUCCAACUCAAGACUUCAUGGAUGAACGAACCGACAAAAAUCUUAUCGUCAGAGACUUUGGUAAGGUACGUUCGGCACCACGAAACCCUCACGGAGGAAAGACAUGCCUUCUCCUGCCCCUUUUCCAAAGUGGAACCACUGGAUCUCCAUUCAAACCAUUCAACAAUAACAAGAACUACCCAAUGUUGCACGGCGUGUUUAAUAUCACAAAGUUCACCGCAAACAACGUCAAGUUGCAAGCAGAUGGAACCAGAGAUCUUGUUAUGUGGACAAACCCCUCAAAUGAAGAUGCUGUCCAUCCAACAAUUCUCUCACAAACUUCUCUCAUAAACGUAGAAGAAGCAAGCAAAGUUUUCAUUGAUCGCCCAAGUCUUGGAAAGAUCAACCCAGCUGAUUGUGUGGACAUGGAAUGUGAUGCCAAGAAGAAAGUUCUUAUCAAAGACGUGGAUGGUGGUUUCCUUACAGCUCCUGGUUCUAUUAUUCCACAAGCUGAGUUUGGGUGGGAUGACGACAGCGAAAUUUCACGAGGUUUAGGAGAUUACCGAAUCCCCAAGGCGAUGUUAACGGGAACUGAAGGAACCAGGAUUCCUGUGACUUCAAUUGCUGACCAGAGAGGAAUCAUAAGAAACAGUGCCUGCACCUACAAAUCAAUAUGGCAAGCAUAUGACUGUCAUGGUGAUGGAGUCCUUGAUUACCAGAUGUUGGUUAUUGAGAGUUUGGAUGAUGAUACUGAAACAAGAAGGUUAUCACCUGUUGCACUUAACGGUGGCAGAACCAUUGAUCUCAACAACGGUCCACAAGAUCACGGCUGGUGCUCCGGCUACACUUGUCAGAAGAGAAUCUCCACUUUCUAUGUCAUUGUAACAAGUGGAACUCACUUCGACGUUUUCUUCACUGGUUAUGCUCCAAGAAACUUGAAGCUUCAUCUGCUCAACGUUGAGAAUGAUAAGACAGUCCGCGUUGCAAUCUGGUAUCCAAGACCUGAGAGACUUGACGUUUACCAAGCAGAGAAAGAUCUUUACAUCUUUCCACAGAAUUCAUUUUAUGACACAACAAGAGACCUGUGGAACACAAAACAACCAGACACAAACACACCCGAUCAAUACAAACCAGCCAUCGAUUCUGGUGUAAAUGGAGCAAACUACAUUGACCUGAAGACCCGUCUUCUGUACGUCACAAUCAGGGGAUCAGAACCUGUUAAGAUCGUCACCGUACCAAUGGUUCAGAUCGCUAUCGGGUUCCCUGCUAUUUCUGUUGACGAUUUCUUCGGAGAUAACCUUGUCCAAAAUCUCGCUACAUACCUUGGUGUUCCAUCGUACAAGAUACGGGUGGUUAACGUUGUGAGAGAAACUUCUAGAAGAAGACGAGAUCUCAGAUCCAGACGCAGCACAGAUGUGGUGACGUACACCAUUGAAUAUGGAGAUGAAAUUGUUAACGGAACUGGAUCGAACGUGACUUCAAAUUCCUCGCUUGCAGCUGAGUUCCUUAACCAGGGCGUCACUCAGGCAAGUUUAUAAGAUAUCUAUGUUUCG